AUGCAUCCACCAACGUGGUCCUCUCUUUUCUCAGCAAUCGCAUUUGCAAACCUAUCAACCUCUCAAUACACGGCCCCCAGCUAUGCGAACUUUUCAGGGCCCGAUGGUCAACUAGUGGACCUAGGCUAUCUCCAGGUUCAAGGAACUCGGCUGACCUCAUCAACCGUGCCCAUCAACGCGUGGUUGGGCAUCCGAUAUGGCGCAGCGCCCACUGGAGAUCGACGCUUCAGACCCCCGGUAGCCAUUGAGACUGUAGAUUCUGGAGGAAAUUCCAUCUUUGACGCGACUACAUUUGGUCCCAUCUGCUAUCAAGGAUGGCCUGGAUGGUCUCUAGAAAGCCCCGAGGCGAAAGCAUUUCAAGCAGCCAGCAAUCACUUUGGAAACCGUCAAGAGAGCGAGGAUUGUCUGCUGUUGGACAUCUAUGCUCCGGACGAGCCCGUGGUUGAGAGUCUUCCUGUGCUGGUCAUCAUUCAUGGAGGAGGCUAUGUGGCGGGAGGCAGCACAACUAUACCAUCCCCAGGCUUCAUGGCUGCAGCACCAGGCCAGUUCAUCGUGGUCAACAUUCAAUACCGCCUAUCUGGCUUUGGGUUUCUUGGUGGCGCAGGAAACGAGACGCUUAAUGUCGGGCUACACGAUCAACGACUAGCUCUGGAGUGGGUUCAGCGUCACAUUGCUUCAUUCGGCGGAGAUCCAAACCAAGUCACAAUCAGCGGCGGAUCAGCUGGUGGUGGCUCAGUCUUUCACCAACUCAUAUGGAAUGGCGGAGAGGAGCAUCCCCCGUACCGAGCCGCGAUAUCCGAGUAUCCUUGGAUUCCGUCCAUACUCAGCCCUAGCCAGCUUGAACAGCAGUAUCAAGAGGUUUUGUCUGCUUCAAACUGCAGCGAUAUUUCCUGUCUACAAGACCUGUCCGCAGACGAGUACAACCGUGUCCAGAACAAGGUCCUUGCAACUGCCAACACUCUGUAUGGAAUGUUUUAUUUUUCACCUGCAAUCGAUGGUCGCUAUAUCCAAGACUUUCCAACACGAGAGGCAGAGGCUGGGCAUUUCGCCAAGGUUCCCAUUUUGACGACACGAGACGGGAACGAAGGCUUCGCGUUUACCCCACAAGACAUCACCACCGAAGCAGAGUAUCAAGAUCGGGUACAACGCCUUUUCAACGGUGGUGCGAACUUCUUUGGCCGGCUCCAAGACUAUUACCCCCCUGAAGCUGUUGGUCCACUCGCCUACAAGGGAACACAGCAAAGGGCCGAGUUCGUCACCGGAGAUGCGUUUAUUCAGUGUCCAUCCUACCGCCUCGCCAGUUCUGCCGCCGAGGCUUUCUCUUUGGCUGAUAGGCAUGGUGCUCAGCCCGUCUACAAAUUCAUCUACGGGUAUCCAACUUACGAUACUGCCUACCACGGAGCUUAUACUGCCUUGGUUUUUCCAACCCAAGCCAUUUCUGCAAACGAUACCUCUGUGGGGGCAGAGAUCGGUCGAAAACUGCAGCAUUACUACUCAUCCUUCAUCAUCAAUGGCGACCCCAACAUUGGGCUUUCAUCAUCAGACAUCGAGUGGCCCGAGUACGGCUCGUCUAGCCACAUUCUAUAUAUCAACUCGAGCACGCCGGUUCAGAUGAAUGAUAUUGAUGCCGAUGGGCGUUGUGACUUUUUGCUCUCCAGAAUGUCCGUUACAGCCAACUGA